AUGUAUUACAUCAACAGGGAGGCUUCAGGCUCUGUACCUCACAUCUCUGUUGAGGGUCACCAAGAUGGAGGGAUCCGAGUGGUGUGUCAGUCAGCAGGAUGGUAUCCAGAGCCCGAUGUGGUGUGGAGAGAUCUCAGUGGGCAGCAUUUAUCUUCAACUGAAACAAAAUCCAAAGAUGAACGUGGGCUCUUUGAAAUAAAAAAUUCUAUCAUUAUAACAGAAAUUUCAAACCAGAAUUUAUCUUGUUCUAUAAGGAACACCAACCUGACUGAAGAAAAGGAAUUAAUAACUUUUUAUAUAUCAGAUUCCUUUUUUCCAAGAGUCUCUCUGUGGAUGGUGGCUUUGAGUGUGAUCCUGAUGAUUUUGUUGGUAUUCAUCAGCCUUACUCUUUUUCUGUUCAAAUUAAGAGGGAAACAUCUUGACACUAUCAGUAAACUUCACACAGAGCUAGAGUGGAGAAGAUCCCUUAGUGACUCAGUGAAAGUGACUCUGGAUCCAGACUCGGCUCAUCCCCAUCUCAUCCUGUCUGAGGAUCAGAAAACUGUGAGAUGGGGAGACACAAAGCUGGAUCUGCCCGACAACCCUGAGAGAUUUGACACUUAUCGCUGUGUUCUGGGCUGUGAGGGAUUCACCACGGGGAGACAUUACUGGGAGGUGGAGGUGGGGGAUGGGGAAUUCUGGGCUGUGGGGGUGGCCAGAGAGUCUGUGAGCAGGAAGGGAGGGAUCAGCCGUAACCCUGAGGGGGGGAUCUGGGCUUUGGAGCGCUGGGUGGAUCAGUACCAAGCGCUCACCUCCCCUGAGACCCCCCUGACCCUGAGCCAGAUCCCCAGCAGGAUCAGGGUUUAUUUGGACUGUGAACAGGGACAGGUGAAAUUUUUUGAUGCUGGUAAUGAGGCCCCAAUUUUCAAUUUCCCUCCAUCCUCUUUCACUGGGGAGAGAAUGCGCCCCUGGUUCCAGGUGGUGGGAUCCCCAUUCAGAGUGUGUUCCUGA